AUGAGUGAGAAUACUCCGCCAUCGGCUCGGACUACAUCCCGGGCAGGCAUUCCUGAAGAGCACAAGAAGGCUCUACGCGCCUGGUGUCGGUCGCAAGAGACUCGUCCAACCCAUGCAGCCAGCGUGGCAUGGUUUCAGCGGACUUAUGGUCGACGCCUUCCUCAAUCCAGUGUCUCGAUAAUCUUGUCCUCGAAGUACGAGUAUCUUGAUACGGGACCAGCAACGGGCUCAUUUCGAAACCAGCCCCCACAAUGGCCGAUCUUGGAGGCGCGAUUAUUCGAAUGGUUGAAAAGGGCCCGCGAAACCGGCGAAUUAUCCACGGGGGAUGCGAUCUUCAACAAGGCCCGGGAGAUCUGGCCCCAAAUCACUGAAUAUGCUAACCGCCCUCCGCCUGCCUUCAGCCACGGCUGGCUGGCGAAAUUCCGAAAGCGAUUCGAAGCCAAUCUAGCUAAGGGUCAACAGGAUGGCGUUCUCCCAGCUCCUCCCCGGAACCCACGGAAGGAGCUGCAAGCACUGCGCACUCUCUCUGGAGAAUUCAAAGAAGAGAAUGUUUACAGUUUGGAUGAGACUGGCCUAUUGUGGCGCAAAGCCCCCUUUGAUACCCUUCCCAGCCCCCCAGGUGAACUCAAAAAGGAUCGAGCGCAUAUCUGCUUGAUCGUAUGUACCAACGCAACCGGCUCGGAUAGGAUUCCGCUCUGGGCCAUUGGCCACAAGGAGAUGCCAGGGGCUCUUUGCGGUGUCAAUCUCAAAGCCAUGGAUUGCGAAUGGCGCCACAAUAAGCAAGCUUGUAUCGAUGUUCAAAUCAUGUCAGAAUGGUUGACCAUGUUUUAUCAACAUGUUGGCUCGCGACGAGUCGUCCUGCUCCUAGAUGAUAAGCCUGUCCAUCAGGCUGCACUAGAAACCACACCUGCCCCAGGCAACGUGCACAUCCAAUGCUUCCCCGAGAAAAGUCCAACUUCAUACCAGCCCUUGAGCCUUGGAAUCACGCAGCAGCUUAAACACCAUUACCGCAAACAAUGGCUUGGGUAUAUGGCGACAAGUUUCGAGUCCGGCCAGCGCCCGAUGGAAAUGAUCAGUCUCUACCAUACCCUCUGCUGGCUCACUCGUAAUUGGCGACACGACGUUGCCAACGCGACGAUAUACAAGGCCUUCCGCAAAAGCCAUCUCGUCCAGCCCCAAGCCGACUAUCUUACCGCGCCAAAGCCGCUGGACAUGAGCGAGCUCUACGAAAAGGUAAUUCGGUUUAACCAAAGUGGUAUCUCCACGAAGCGCCUUGAAGAGUGGCUCAACCCCGCCGAGGAAGAAUUCGUCGGAACGGUGGAUGAGGUGCUUCAACGGAACCCGGACAUGGAUACCUCCAUUCUCGAUGAAUCGAUCAACCCUCUCCCUCCAUAUGAAUUGAUUCCUGCACCGGGAGAUGCCAUUGCGGGAAUUCAGACUGCCAUUCGCUACAUGCUCAACCAAGCAACAUCCACUGCGAAUGACAUCCUGUACUUGGAGACGAUGGAGAAGAUCUUGGACCGGAAGAUCAGGAAUGAGUUUCUCCAGCAGCAAAAUCAAACGCCUACUCAACCAAAUACUCAGCCAUCGGUUCAAACAGCCUCCCAUUCCUCUGCUCCGGCGUCUACCCAGUCGCCAGCUCAAGCAUUGACUCGUCCAUCUGCUCAACAAUCAUCUGUACCACCAGCUCAACCUCUAGCUCAGCCAUAUUCUCAACCAUACCGACCACCCGUUAGACCAGCAACGCAGGCACCAUUACCACCAGGCCAAAGACCACUCCCACCACUCGGUGAACAAAACACUCAAACACCAUUACAAACACCAACUCAGCAACCAGUCCGACCAGCAUACAUGCAAUAUCAGUACCCAAAUCAGAACUCAACCCAAUUGCGAGCCCUGGGAUUGACUCAGUCAUCUGGUCCAGCCCAAUUCCGGGCAUCGCGCGCUAGUACCCGGCCUGCAGGUAUAGCACCUAUUCACAUCCCAUCCGCACCUUCGUCCGCGGCAUCAACUCCAGCGCCAAUGGCAGGUCUGUCAGGAUACCAGCCACGUGCUGUUUCAGAGGAAGGGCCGUAUCAACCAUCUGAUGAUCAGUUCUCGGACGAGGACGUGGAGAUGUAG